CACCGAUAAUUCAGAUGGUGUGUUUUAUUCCUGCACCUCCACAUUAGGUGAAGCACUCAAAACAGCGAGCAUACAUUGCUGCUGCCAUGGUGUUGCCACCAAAGCGCCUCUUCUUCGGUGCAGCUGUCAUUCUGUUUAUCCUAGUUGCGUUGUAUGGUAUUGCAAGACAAUCGGAACACCUUCGUUCAACAGUUUUCGUUAUUGAACCACUGGGCGAUUACAAUGCUGUCAGAUUUGCUGCAAACUCGUUUCCAGAGAAGUCGAGUAUAUUUUCAUCUGACGUACCGCUGAAAGGAUCUUGCUUUAAGCAUGCGCGCUCAUUUAAGGAGCCGUUGACGCCUCAUUAUUCACCUCGGGCCUCCGUGCAAUUCAUUGGGACUGAUGUUCCACGAGCACUCUGGCGAUGGUCGGGGGAGAUAUCUAAGGCGGCAUUUGACAGUGCUGCCGCGAAGGAGUUUCCCGGAUGUGUACAUUGCGUGGACAUAGUCCACUACAAAAUCAUCGGAGGCAGGCUUUACGUGGGGAAGCGAGCUCGCCCCCACAUGCAUCGAGAGGUCGCUGAGGAGAUGUUAAAGGUCGUGUUGUACUUGUUCCCAAUUCCUGAUAUGGAGUUUCUCCUCCAUUUCGGCGACGGCUGCACGCAAGGACUGCCGGUCCUCGGCUGGAAUAUAUGUCGUGACCAUCCCAAUGCUGGCUUUACCAUGCCAUCAUACUCUAUAUGGGACCACUCGCUGGGCCCGACCCAGAUGAGAGUCUAUCACCGGUGUCUUCGGAAAAGGUACCCCGCCAGCAAGCGCAAGCCCAUGGCUGUGUGGCGGGGAAGCACCACGGACACCCGCUUCGGCAGCUUCAACAGGGACAACUACCUGCAGGCCCUCCGCGUGCAGCUACACUUGCUGGCUCGCAACCACAGCGACGUGCUGGAUGUCAAGAUCGCGGACCCGCUCAACUGCGAUGACUUUGUGCGCUCUCAGCUCACGGACACGGGCUCCCGACUCAACUUUGAGGACUUCAAUACCUACUGCCUCAUCGUGGAUGUAGACGGCAACGGCUGGAGCGAUCGCUUCGGACAGCUCGUUCACUUCAACACGCCCAUUCUCAAAAUGGCGUCCAACCACACCGCCUUCUUCGAGCACCUCUACGCGCCAGGAGUAGCGAUCGAGCAGUUUAGCAGGAACCUGAGCGACCUACCCAUCAAGGCGAGGCGCAUGAUUGCGGACUGCAUGGCUGGCGGCGAGGAGUCGCGGGGGCAGCAGUUGGCGAACAGCAUGCAGGCCACAAGCAGAGUCCUGAUGGACCAUGUGGGGAUCGCAGAGGCCUUUGCGUACGCGUUGUUGAACUACCGCCGGUUGAGUGCCUGGGCGGUGGACCCGUCCCUGCGGGAGUUUAACCCGGUCAACUCGAGCUGUUGUUCCUACACGAAGCUGCCGAAAAAGUUUGCGAAGGCGGUGGAAGAGCACUUUGCGGUUAAGGAGGGACGGCAGAAGGCUAUGGUGGCGCCUAGUCGGAAGGGGUUGGGGGCGUAGCAGUGUGAUAGCUUUAGGAGGAGGUUUCUGUUUGGGGCUGUUUGCUGGUCGUUGUGAGGUUUUGGAGAGUUCUUUGAGUGUGGUGGAGGUGGAGGAACGUAUGAGAGUGGGUUUGAAAAGAUAACAAUGGUCCAAGCAGGCGUGCUGAGGUGAAGUGCUAAUGGCUAGGAAGAGGUUGGGCGCACUCUGCAGGAGGGGUUUGAGUGAUAGGAUAGGAUGACGACGCGGGCGAUGUAGCACGUGCAUGGGUGUGCUGCUGUUUAAGUGCAUAUGCGCCUGCAUGGGGUUCUUUUUCUUGACGGGGUGCUGCUGUCCAUGCGUGAACAUGUCGCAUCGCAUCCUUGGCGGCUGCCGUGGCGGUGUCCUGGUGAUCAACACGCAACCUAGGAACUUCGGAAGCUAGAGUGAAGGCAGUCACAGUGGUCGUCACCUUUGUUUGGAGACGCACUCGGUGUGACCUGGAAGUGCAGUAAAUGUUAGCGCGGCAUUAGUGGCUCGCAAGGGGUCCAUCCUAGGCAACAUUGUUACCCGGGCUGGCCGCUGCAAUUACCCUUUCGUUUUCAGCGGCACCGUGCUGCCUUUUUUUGGUUGUUGAAGCGCUAUCUUGCAUUUUCUAGCUUGGCGAAUGGCUAGUAACAUAGCAAGCCAUGGAUACGCUGAACGGAGAAUCGCGAAGGGACCAGAUAUCCAUGGUAUGCUUACCCUGC